GUUUGAUUUGAAGGGCCAGUCGCGCAUGCGUGAUUGCUCCUCUCUUAACGUCGUGUUUCAUUUGCGCAGUUCGGUGAAUUCUCAGUUCGGAAGACGCAAUGCCCAAGAAUAAAGGUAAGGGAGGUAAGAACCGGAGACGAGGUAAGAAUGAGAAUGAAUCUGAGAAGCGAGAGCUGGUCUUCAAGGAGGAUGGACAGGAAUACGCCCAGGUUAUCAAGAUGCUGGGUAACGGGCGACUGGAGGCCUUGUGCUUUGAUGGCGUGAAGCGUCUCUGCCACAUCCGGGGGAAGCUCAGGAAAAAGGUCUGGAUAAACACAUCUGACAUCAUCCUGGUGGGGCUGAGAGACUACCAGGACAACAAGGCUGACGUCAUCCUGAAGUACAACGCAGAUGAAGCGCGGAGUCUGAAGGCCUAUGGCGAGCUUCCAGAGCACGCUAAAAUCAACGAGACAGACACAUUCGGACCUGGAGAUGAUGAUGAGAUUCAGUUUGAUGACAUUGGUGAUGAUGAUGAUGACAUCGAUGAUAUAUAGCCUAGGCCCCCCCUCACAACCCAGUGACCCCCCCCAACCCAUGGCCAUCAUCAUCUGUGAGGAGGAAGAUAGCAUCGUCAUCAUCCUCUUCAAAGAAGAAUAAGGUUGGAGCUCAAACGGAAUUUUUUUCCGUCGUCCUCCUGAGGGCGGGAGGAGCCUUCGGCCGCUGCUAACACUCAUUCACAAAAACCUUUGUAGUUUUACUGUAUUUAUGUUUUUAUUUCACACUUGGUGUGAAUAAAGAAUAUCUGGAUUUGCAAUAAAACGAUGAACCAUC